AUAAACAAACAAAUAAACAUGACAUUUGUUAUCAUUUCGUACUUUGCUCAAUUUAGAAUUAGUAUUACAAUAUUAAAAUAAAAAUAAAGGAAUGACAAAACGUCGAAAUAUAAUUGGAAAGAAUCUAUUAGAUUUUCGAAAUGCUCGAGCACGCCAACCGGAAAUUGUACGAUCUGUUCAAAAAGAUGCAAAGUAUACUGAAGAACUAGCAGAGGACUUCUCGGAUCUCCUACGUCUAACCGGCGCUCGGAGUUGGAUCAAAUAUAAUCAAUUGUGUAAGCUGUUUGCAGAAAUCACUUACCAUGGAUUCGCAUCAAGCAAUAAUUUACAAACACUUGGUGAGGAAUAUACGGGAGUUAUCCAAGUUGAUAGUGCAUACAUGAACAUUCCAUCCCGUUUGUUACAAUUAGUUUCCAUCAUACUUGAAUUCGGCGGAGAUGCUCUGUUUCAUCGAGUUUUGGAAAAACUUGAAAAAUACAUCAAAGAUAAUGAGGCAAUUGUGCCGGAUGCAAAGCAAAAACUACUGAAGGUGUUGUGGAUAAUGCAUUCCUCUCCACAAUACAUAAAAGCCUUACAUAAAUCAUUAUUUUACCUGCGUUCCAGUAAAUACCAAAUUUCCAAACGUAUUACUGGUCUAAAUUACGUCCUAAUACGACAUUGGUUACAACCCGAAUUUUCGCUAUAUGGCUAUAAAAUACUGGGAGUUAUAUCAUUUCUACAAGUAACUGUGUCACUAAUAAUAAAUGCAUAUGAAUCUUGGAAAGAUCAUAGAAGAAAAACGUUAGAAAAUAUGAACAGCUCUUCGAGACGCUUGGUUAGCGCGGAGAGCAACGCGAAUCCCGAAAAGUCUGAUGCACCACAGUGCAUACUUUGCCUUGAACCACGUAUUAAUACGACCUUGACACCGUGUGGACACUUGUUUUGUUGGAAUUGUAUUCUUGAUUGGUUGGACGAACGUGAUGAAUGUCCCCUAUGCAGGGAAAAAUUAAAGAAGUCCAAUCUAAUUCCGUUACAAAAUUAUUUAUAAAUCUUAAUUGUUUUGGAUUUUGGUAUAUGGUAUUUUGUGGUUAUAUGAAUGAAUAUAAAAAUAAUUUUUAUAAAGUUUACAAUAAAUAUUACACUAGAGUUUAGUUACUCUCCUUUACCUGA